AUGCGUUCGAGUUUGUUCCCUCGGCAAGGGUAUGAUGAAGAAUCUGACACAGAACCUUUACUACCAGCGAUACCCGGUCCUAAUCAUAUACAAUAUGAGCAAGCAGAAAGAAACUACGGCGCAAUGGCACAGGUGGGGAUGUCCCAGGCCGUGCUGGUGGAACCGAGAGGCGACAAAUCUAGAAAGCUUAUGCAGUAUAUAGCUGCGUUAGCAGCUGCCCUCGGCCCGCUAUCUUCCGGGAUUAUGAUUGGUUGGUCAGCGCCAGUCGUAUACAAGAUAAUUCAAAGCAACAACACUGACUAUGACUUCGAGAUUUCCAAUAUUCAAGGUGAUUGGAUAUCUUCCCUCACCAAUCUUGGAGGAGCUCUAAUUUGCUUUCCCAUUGGCCUAAUUAUGGAUGCGUUAGGACGACGAAACACUAUGCUCCUCCUUGUACUUCCUUUUAUACUAGGAUGGCUUAUGAUCACUCUUGCUCCAAAUGUGGGUAUGUUAAUGGCUGGUCGCAUAUUAACCGGAGUAGGUGCUGGGGGUUUUAGUGUAGCGUGCCCAGCAUAUGUUAGUGAAAUAGCUGAAGAUUCGAUACGAGGAGCUUUAGGUAGCUUUUUUUACUUGAUGCUUACGAUUGGUAUACUUUAUGCAUAUGCUGUAGGUAGUUAUACUAGUGUUUUAGUUUUUAACAUUACCUGCACUUUAAUACCUGUUAUAUUUGGUCUGAUUUUCUUCUUCAUGCCGGAGAGUCCCUACUUUUUAGUUACUAAAGGCAAAUUUGACGAAGCUAGACAAGCGAUAAUUAGACUGCGUGGAAAUUUUUUUGACGUUGAUGGAGAAUUAAACCAUCUUAAAAAAAGUGAUGAAAUUUCAAAAAGCAGUUCUGUAUCUUUUCUCAAUGCAAUUAGAAAGAAAACAGCAGUAAAAGCUAUUUUAAUUUGCUACUCCCUUAUGUUUUUCCAACAAUUAUCUGGUAUUAACGCCGUUCUAUUUAAUACAUCUGCUAUUUUUGCUAGCGCAGGUUCAACUAUGUCACCUGCCAUUUCUACUAUUAUUAUUGGGGUUAUACAGGUUGUCGCAACAUUUAUUUCUGGUUUAGUUGUUGACAAAUUAGGGAGACGAAUCCUUCUUUUAUUUUCAGCACUAGUGAUGUGUAUAUGUACUGUAAUUUUGGGUGUAUUCUUCUUCCUACAAGACGUACAUGGUGCUAAUUCAGCAAUAAUAGAAUCAAUAUCUUGGCUACCGUUGCUUUCUUUGUCGUUAUUUAUAAUUGCAUUUUCUAUCGGCUAUGGGCCGAUUCCGUGGAUGAUGGCAGGAGAACUAUGCCUAAUUGAUAUCAAAGGGUUCGUCGCUUCCACAUCUGGUACCUUAAAUUCAACACUUAGUUUUAUAAUUACGACUACAUUUAAUUCUCUUAAUACUGCCAUCGGUGCAGGACAAGUUUUAUGGUUGUUUGGAGGUGUGACGUUACUUGGAUUUGUGUUCAUAUUCCUGGUACUACCAGAGACGAAAGGCAAAAGCUUUGAAGAAAUUCAAAUUUUACUUGGUGCAGAACCGCAAAAGAAACAGGAUGAAAAGAGAUAC